UUCCAUUCGAAAGGCUGCAGCAGGAUGUGAGGACAAAGAUUUCAGCGACAACAAACGCUGCACGAAGAAGAGGGUUGGCGAUCCAAUUAAAAUCAUAUUGAUCCUCCUUUAAAUGUAUCAAACCAAUGAAAACUCACGGAAUAUUAUUUUGGUGAAUAGUUUCAGCUAUGUUUGAUAGAGAAUAUGAGGAAUCCAGCAGUGACUAUCUCGUAGCAGCGACAAUGCUCAGGCCUGUCAUCAGUGGUUUGUUCAGGUUUUGUCCAUCACAUCAAUGACCAUGGAUGUCAGAGCAGUUCUGGAGUUUGCCACAGUCACCAGGGGUCUGUCACUUGUUUUACAGGCUGUCUUGAAUGCUGCCAUCCCUGACCAUGAUGCCGAUGCGUUCAGGCCCCCGCGGACAGAGGAGCCUCUGUACUUGGACUCUGCAGUGGAGUGGUUGCUGGGUGGCCUCUCUCACUGGGACGCUGAGCAUUUCCUCUUUAUCGCUGAGAGGGGAUACCUUUAUGAGCACAACUUUGCUUUCUUUCCCCUCUACCCCGUCGUUCUCCGCGGCCUGGCAGAGACCUUGCUGUGGCCUCUGAGCAGUUGGCUGAGUGUGCGGGGGCGUUUGCUGGUGGCGGUGGCUCUGGGGAACACUGCGCUCUUCCUGCUGAGUGUGGUCGCCUUGCAUGCGCUUAGUAGAAUAGUUCUUCAGGACAGACGUCUUGCUCAGCUCUCCAGCUUGCUCUACUGCAUCACACCUGCUAAUGUUUUCAUGACCGCUGGGUACUCGGAGAGCCUGUUUGCUGCGCUCACAUUUGGUGGUCUGUUCCUCCUGGAGAAAGGAUUCACCUUCCGAGCCUGCUUGGCCCUCAGUAUAGCCACUGCAGCACGAUCCAAUGGACUUGUUAACAUUGGCUUUUUACUGUAUCUUCCAUCGCUGCAUGCGAUUUCCCAAAUUUGUGUCUAUCGAAUGACAACAAAAGGCCACAGUAAAGUCUUCCACUACAUUUGGGUCAUCAUCCGGCUCCUGCUCACCUCCCUUUUGGGAACUGCAAUUAUCGCCCUUCCCUUCUGUGCUUUCCAGUACUAUGGGUAUAGGACGUUUUGCACACCUUCCUUCUCCUUGGAACGGAUCCCGCCCGCUCUUCUGACGCUGGCUGAACGGAAGGGCUACCGGGUUCCAGAUGAAAAUGGUCCACCACCUCUCUGGUGCAUGAGACCCCUCCCCUUGCUUUACUCUCAUAUCCAGGAUGUGUACUGGGAUGUGGGAUUCCUCCGCUACUUUGAGCUGAAGCAGAUACCGAACUUUAUUUUGGCUCUGCCUAUGGCUACGCUCGGCAUUAUGGCAGCUUAUGCAUAUUUUCAAGCGAACCCAGAACUAUGUCUGAGACUCGGACUUUGGGAGACGGGUGCACACAAAGGGCUCAACAAACCCAUACCGGGAAUGUUCAACCCCAGAGUGUUUGUGUAUGUUGUACAUUCGACAGUACUUCUGGUGUUUGGAACAUUGUGCAUGCAUGUGCAGGUUCUGACUAGAUUCAUGGCCUCCUCGUCUCCCGUGCCCUUCUGGAUAAGUGCUCAUCUGCUCCUCCUCAAUGAACCGCUUCUUCACCGAAGGAAAACAUCAAACCCCAGCAUACAGCUGCAGACACAUUCCAGAAAUGGAUGCAAGCACACACCUCAAAACCCCAUCAUUGCUCUGCUGCCCCACUUCACAGCCUGUUCUCCGACAACACAGAGCAUCCUGGGAUACUUCCUCUCAUACUGGGUGCUGGGCCUCGCAAUGCAUUGCAACUUUUUGCCAUGGACAUGACUUAAAACAUUAGUCUGAGCUUUAAAUGCAAUAUUUCUAUGUAGGACUGGGCUGUAUACCAUAUUUUACAUGAUAUGAAUCCACGCACAGGUGCUUUUAUAGUACAUCAUCAGUAGUCCAUUUUAGUUGUUGUAAUCGUUGUGAAAAUAAUUGUUUACUUGAAUGCAAUAUUUUGUCAGUGUCACAUCCAUUUAGGAAAACAUUAUAGUCCAGCUCUACAUAAAACUUAUUGACACGAUUACAAUUUUGAUUCAUGCAAUAUUUGAUUAUUUGAUUUGCACAUCUCUGUUAAAGGACCACUGUGUAGGAUUUAGUGGUUACUGUAGACACAAGGUGGUGCAACAUGGUGGACUCCAUGUAAAAGGCUACUACUUCUGUACAUAUAAAAGGCUCA